AUGAUAAGUCAAGACAAAGAAAAAAUAUAUAGUGAAAAUGCUCUUAUGAGCAUAAAAUUAAUAAAUUCCCACAAUUGCUCCAAAAUCGCUGUGAAUUUAGUAUGCUAUGAAGUUUUUAUAUGAUGAAGGAAGAUCAAGUGCUUUUGCAAAUCAAUUUCUUCUUAUAACAAUCAUUUUGGAUUAUGAGAAAAUUAUAAGGAUUAUAUUCUAGAGGCCAGAUAA